AUAAUUUGAAAAUGAACAAUAAUCAAGACCUGAUGGUAUUUGAUAAAUCUUCUAAAAAGGUUAAACACCUUAAGAAGAUAAUCCAAAAGCUUGAUCCCAAGCAAAAAGACUUAGAAAAUCAACUUGAAGAAGUUGUUGGGAAAUAUGUAGAUGGAGUUGUGACCAAGAUUACCAAAGGAGAUGUACAAGUAGAAGAAGAAGGAAAAGUUAGUUGUAAAGAAGUUGCGAUAAACUGGGAAGUCAAAACCAAGCGGGCUGCUUUCCAAAAGGCCUUAAUAAAUCUCCGUAAUCAAGGCCAGGAUCUAACUCAGAAAGACAUUAAUUUCAGACUUGAUUGUCUAGAGAAGCUUAUAAAAUGCAAAGAAUAUAACAAUAUUGAUAUUUAUCAAUUAGGUUUUCCUAAAGAAAUUGUAGAAGAGUGUAACAAUUUUCUCCUACUUGAGCAAGAAGAGGUGCCAGCCGAGAUACUAGACCUCACAAAGCAGAGAAAAAACCCUGUCAGCACCAAAGCCCAUUCAGACAACGAUCAGCUAAAGAUUGCUGAUGAACUAGUCAAAAAGAUGAAACAAGAAAAGUUAGCCAAGAAGAAGAAAGAGAAAGAAAAGAGAUCCAUGCUCAAAGAGAAGCUCAAAAAGCAAGAAGAGGAGUACACACGCCGCCAGAAGGAAGCUGAGGAGCGUGCAAAGACCGAACGUCAUGAGAAAAUGAUGAAAAUGAAAGAGAAAGAAGAAAGCCGUAGGAGACAAAUCCUUGAAAACCAGAACAUUUAUAUCCAAAACCUUAAGAAAAUCCCUAAGCCUCUUUAUAAGAAAAUUGAGAAACAGUUUGAGGAAGAGUACGUCAUGCCUGAGCUAGAGAAGCGCAAAAAGGAGCUUGCAGAGAAACGUAGCUUUAUGAAGCCCAUUAAUGCUGAAGAGAUAGCUCAACAUAAACGAAAAUACGAAGAGCAGCGAAGAAUUGAAGAAACUAAAAGAGAAAAUAAGUUCAAAGUUGACUCUGAAUAUGACCCGAAGAAGUACCACUCUGUGUUCCUUGAUAACGUGCUAGACUCAGAUGCCAAGCUUAAGGAGGAAUUGCGUAAGAAGAGCUUUGAGGUAUCUGAACUUACGUCCAAGAAAAAGAACUACUCCAAACUAAUCAUGGAGACCCAUAAACCUCAAAUUUCAAAGAGGAAGAAGAUGGAAAUGGAGCUGAUCAAGCAGAACUUGAAGCAGCCAACUGCUUUUGAGCGGAUCAAGAAGAGAAUGGUCUCUUCCUCACAGAAUAGAGGCAGUGAUGGCUUCUCGAAGCUGAAUCACUCAACAGUGAAUCAUUCAGCAGGAAGGCGUAGUCCAAGGAGACACAAGAAGAAUGAUGUUGACUGGAGAUCAAUGAAUAGAAUCGUUGGAAUCCCAAAGCCAGAAAAAUAACUUUGUGAAAAUUAAUUAUCUAAAAAGAAGUUCUAGAAAGGAGCCUGAAGAGCAUCAUUCUGAAUAUAAGCAGAAUGAUUGGGAUAGUGAGAUUAAGAAGUAUGAUGGAGAGGACCGCAUCAGCUACAUGAAAGAGAAGGCUAGAGCCAUUGAAGAGGUUGCCCUGAGAAAGGAGCAACAUUUAAAGCAUGGUCAGCACCAGUCAACAGAAGACAGGAAUGAGGUAAAUGACAUGAUAAUUGACUCUAUUAAGGCAAAGAUAGCCUUGCUUGAUAAUAUUGAUUAG